AUGUCUGCAGAAGAGCCGGAAAUCGACAACAGACUCGAUGAACAAUCACAGUCAGAGGGAGAGGGGGAUGACUUGAGAAACGAGUCCGCGACAGACUCCUCGGAGGAGGAUGACGACGAGGAGGAUGAAGAGGCCAUACAAAAAGUCAGAGAAGGGUUCAUCGUGGACGACGAGGAAGAUGCUGUCGAGACAACAAGACGAAAGAAACACAGGAAAAGAAGAAGAGAACGGGAAAGAGAAAGAGAAGAGGCCGAUGCGUUGGACGAAGAUGAUCUUGAGCUACUUCGAGAAAACAGAGGAGAAAAACCAUCGCGCCUGCAAAAGUUUAAGCGUUUGAAGCGUAGACAUGAACCCGAGGAGGCGCAAGACGGCGGAGACUUUGGCGCAGCAGAAGAGAAUCGCGAGGAGCACUUCAGAAAAGGGUUGCACAAUAUGUUCUCCGAGGAUGAAAACAGCGAAGGCGAAGACCUUGACGAUGUCGAUGGCAUUCCCCAAGAUGAUGUCGACGAUUUCAUCGAGCUGGAAGAUGACUCCGACGUCGAUGCCGAGACCAGAGCUGAAAAGAAAAGAGAGAAACAGAGACAACGACAAAGAGAACGGAAGUUGGAUACUUCCAAGUUAACCGACGUUGACAGGAAAAGUCUCGAGGAGCUUUUUGAGGUGUUUGGCAAUGGGGAAGAAUACGCAUGGGCGUUGGAGGCGCAAGCUGAGGCAAUGGACGACGAGGGUGAAAAGGAAGAGCCCACGACUUUGGAAGCGGUGUUUGAAAACUCCGAGUUGAAAGAGCGAAUGUUGACCGAAGAGGACAACUUGGUGAGAAUCAUUGAUGUUCCAGAACGAUACCAGAGAUACCGAAGCGCCUUGACCUAUAUCGACUUGGACGACGAAGAGCUAGAUCGGGAAAAGGAAUGGGUGGCCGAUAUUGUUUUUAAUGAGAAGCGAGGAUCUUUUAACGAGUACGAGAAGGAAUUCAAGCAAGCCGUGAGCGAAGUUGUCGAGCUCGUGGCACGCCAGUCUUUUGAGGUCCCCUUCAUUUGGGCCAAUAGAAGAGAUGCCACGUUAUUCUUUGACACGAGUCCCGAGUCCGAGAGAGAACAAGUUGUCAGACUUUUGUACGAAGAGGACUUGUGGAGAAUUGUUCAAUUGGACUUGGAAUACCAUUCCUUGUACGAAAAGAGGUUAAACAUCGAAAAGAUGAUUGAAAAAGCCGGCAUUGAAGACGAUUUGACAAAAGAUAUCAGGUCAUUGAACACCAUGGUUGCCGUGCAGGACAUUUAUGAUUACAUCCAGUUCAACUUUACCAAGGAGAUACGGGAAUCCGAAACAGCCGAAAGUGAAGAAAAAGAAACGAAAGAGGGCAAGGGCAAAAAACACUCUAAAUUUGCAACAUUUGAACGUAUUAGGUCCAACAUUUUGUACGAUGGGGUCAAGGCUUAUGGAAUCUCCGCUAAAGAUUUCGGCGAGAAUGUGCAGCACCAAAGUUUGAAUGGUUUCGCUACUGAUUUCAGACUUCAUGCCACCGAUGACCCGAUGGAUACUCCCGAGGCCAUCGUUGAGGCUUUAACUGAUGAUGUUGACGUGAUUUUCAAGGACAAGAGAACCGCGAGAGAUGCCAUCCGGAAAACUUUUGCCGAGGAAAUCUUCCACAACCCCAAAAUCAGACAAGAAGUAAGAUCGGUUUACAAGUUGUAUGCAUCGGUGGGAAUUGCUUUAACCGAUAAGGGUAGAACAGCUAUCGAUAACUACAGCCCUUACGCUGACAUCAAGUACGCCAUCAACAGAACCCCUGCCGAUCUUGUCCAACACCCGGAUCAGUUCUUGAGAAUGCUAGAGGCCGAGGAGAAAGGUCUUGCGGUCGUUACAGUGGAAACUGAACAUUUCGAGAGUUGGUUCGACAGUAUCUUUAAAUGUUUGAAAUCUGAUGGGUUUUCAGACAUUUCCGAUGCCUGGAACAAGGAGCGCGAGCACGUUUUGCGGAUGGCGUUCCAGAGAUUGUGCAGUAUGGUGGCAGCCAACACCAAGGAGGACUUGCGUCGCGAGUGCCAGAGGCUUAUUGCACGUGAAGUGAAGAAACGGUUUGCUGCAAAGUUGGACCAAGCGCCUUUCAAGCCAGAAGGAUUUGAUAAGGGCACUGUCCCUAGUGUGUUGUCGUUAACUUUCGGUCGCGGUGAGUACGAUAGUGCCGUGGUUGGCGCACUCGUGAAGGACUCGGGCCAGGCACGAGAUUUUUUCAAAUCGUCCAAUAACCCCUCGUCCAGUCGAGAAAACGAAGAAGCUUUUGAAGGCGAGUUGAAGGAGUUUUUUGACAGAAACUUGGCGAAUGAUAGGCCAGAUGUGAUUAUAGUAUCCGGGUUCAAUGCUAACACCAAGAAAUUGUACGACAUUGUCAAAAACUUUGUGCAAAACCACGGAGUCAUUGUAAACACCGAGGGAGUUGUGUUUCGGGACGGGGAAGAGCCACCGUUGUUGAAGACUAUUUGGGGACAGGACGAAACCGCGAGGUUAUACCAAAACUCCGAGAGAGCACGUCUCGCGUACCCAGAGAAGCCCCCGUUGGUGAGGUAUGCCAUUGGAGUAGCAAAAUACGCUCAAAACCCAUUGCUUGAAUAUAUCUCGAUGGGCGACGAUAUCUUGUCGCUUGCAUUCCACCGCGACCAGAAGUAUAUCCCUAAGGAUAUGGUGAAGGAUGCGUUGGAGUCGGCUUAUGUCGACGCCGUUAAUUCGAUCGGGGUAGACAUCAAUGCCGCCAUGCGCGACCCAUAUCUUGCGCAAAUGUUGCAGUACGUUGCUGGUUUCGGUCCUCGUAAAGCAUCGGGCUUGUUCAGAAACAUGGAAAGCAAGUUGAUACCGGGAUUGGCCACUAGGCAAGACUUAAUUGAGUUGGAAUUGACCCCCUUGAACAUUUUCCAAAACUGUGCAUCUUUUUUGAAAAUCCCGUACGACGAAGGUGCAACUGUUAGCGCAUCAUCGAUUGAGCUUUUGGACGCGACUAGAAUCCACCCCGAGGACUACAACUUGGCGUUGAAACUUGCUGCCGAUGUGCUUGAACUAGACGAAGAAGAUAUCGACGAAGAGGUGAUUGCCAAGUUCAACGCCAAGAAAGAUGAAAAGCAACACGACAUUGCUCGUUUGGGGUUGAACGAUUACGGAAGACAGUUGGAGCGGGACAUUGGCAAAAAGAAGUACGCGACGCUUCGGAUGAUUGUGCGUGAGUUGGUUAACAAUUAUGAGGAGAUUAGAGGUUCUUUUAAGAUAUUAUCUGACCAUGAGGCAUUCAACUUGUUGACGGGCGAGACGCUGCGAUCAUUUGGCAGGGACGCAAUAGUGCCAGUCACUAUUGUCAAAUUGGGCAAGAAUUUCGAAGACCCAAGUUCAGAAGUACGCUGGGCCAAAGUGGUGACUUCAUCGUUGAUUCUGGGCAACAUCCCCAGAGACCGGUUAAGGAGAGACCUUGAAGUGGAGCAAGGCAAAUCGUAUCAAGCUGUUGUCUUGGAGGUGUUUUACGACGCUUUUACCGCCGACUUGAGCUUGAUCCCUGAAGACAUUAAGCGUGCAUCGACGCCGCGAAUACACAAGGAGCAAGGCAAAUGGGAUUUCCGAGCCGAGGAGGAAGACUGGAAGAAAGAGCACGAAAAGGAAAAAGCCAAAAAGGCACUCACGAGGAACAUCCAACACCCAUUGUACCGCAACUUCAACUACAAGCAAGCCGAAGAGUAUUUGGCACCUCAAAGCUUGGGCGAUUGUGUUAUUCGUCCCUCAUCUAAAGGUCCCGAGUAUCUCACAAUAACAUGGAAAGUGGGCAACAACUUGUUCCAGCAUUUGCUCAUGGAGGAGCGCCGGAGAGGCGGCAAGACAUACAUUGUUGAAGGGAAAACCUACAGCGAUCUUGAUCAAGUUAUCGUGCAGCAUAUACAAGCCAUAUCACGCAAAGUUGAUGAUUUGGUGCGCAGUCCCAAAUUCAAAGAAGGAACGCUUGCCGAGGUCAACGACUGGUUGGAAUCGUACACCAAGGCAAAUCCAAAGAAUUCCGCGUACGUCUUUUGCUACGACCACAAGAUCCCGGGCAGUUUCUUGCUUUUGUUCAAGGUGAACAUCACCACGCCUAUUAUCACCUGGCACGUGCGCACCAUCACCGAUGGUUAUGUCUUGAAAGGUCUUACAUAUAACUCGGUGAUGAAUUUAUGCAACGGCUUUAAACAAACAUUCAAGACUUUGCAGCAGCAAAAGAGUAAACCAGCUCCCCAGUAUAACAACUACGGCUACAACUAUUGA